GAGAGAGAAUAUCUUGAACUUAAAUAUAAUAAAAUAAACAAAAAAAUAUUAACUAUAGUUUUUCUUUUCAGUGCAGGCACUCCUCCAUCAAAAACAAAUAUCGGUUUGAUGCGAUAGAACAGAAGUUUACAUAUUCGAUGAAAAAGACCAAUAAGAUAGGCAUUUGCAACUGAUUGGCCAGCUGAUUGAAAACCUUUAACCAACUGAUAAAGCCAAAUUGAAACAUCUACAUAGAUAUAAUUAAGGAAAAUGAUAUAAUUCGAUUAUUGAUAUAAUUGCUAGUUAAAGAAUAUUAAGAUUAUCCUAAGAAGAAAAUACCAAGAGGAAAACUGAUGAUACUUAAAUAACAAACUAGAUUAUCCUAUGCGAACAUUAAUUUAUCCUGUAGAGUUAAAUGUUUUGUUUCAUCUCGAUCCUGAAAGUAAUAAAAUAAACUAUUUAUAAAACAUUUUUCAGAUUUCUGAAGAAGUUUUGCCAGGGUUUUAAGGAUAAAGCAUGCCAGAUAAUGAUAAAAUCAGAAAAACUUAAAAGAAUUUACUGCACCCUGAAUAGUGAAACUGAUAAUGGAAUGGUUGGCAGAAGGUAAAAGAAAGAGAAAAAGAUAUAGUAUAAGUUUGAAAAAUAAUUUAAAUAAAAAGGCUUAAAGAGGAAUUCAGAUGAGGAAACUUUAUGAAUGAGGGACUAAAUUUUGAAUAUAAAAAGAAUUGCCAUUCAAUGUAAUAUAUUAUAUAAGACAAAAAUUCAUAGUAAAUGAAUUUGUUAAUAUUAGAUAAUUAAUUUUAUUAUUUCGGGAAGUUGGGAGUUCUACUUAGUUAUGUUAUUUAGAAAGCAAUUUAGCACUUCGAUGAUUCUACAAUCAAUAAGACCACAGGAAAUAUAAAAUUAUUUAGAAAGAAAAGACAAAAUAUCAAGAAACAAAACAGAUGAUUCUCAUAUAAUAAAUUAAAUCAAUCCAAGUGGAAGUUAAUUUUUAUUUGAGAGUUAAUAAUUUUACUUUUAAUGCUAUUGUACACGAUUAUAUCAGUUAGGACUGAUAAAGAAAAUAUUUGAAUAACAAGUUUUACAAGGCUGAAUUUGAUAUUAAAACAAUAAUAAUGCAUGGAUUAUUUUAUAAUUCAAAAGUAAUUAUUGGAGUUUCCCAUCUUAGCUAUUUUCCCACACAUUCAAAUGUUAAUACAUUCAAGCAGUUUUUAAUUAAUAAGUAAUUACUCAGGAAGAAGAGGUUGGAAAUUGAUACUAAUUGUUAUGAAUAAGUCGUACUUAAAGAAGCAACAAUGGCAUGUGAAGGAAAUUACCCACCUAGAACUGUGGGAAAAUGUCUGGCACUUCCUUGAAUGAAAUAUUCUUGUCCAAGAGAUUUUCCCAGGCUCUGAGGUAGACAAAAAUACAAUUUCAGAAUAUAAUAGCAUGUAAUUACAAGAAAAAUUCAUCGAAGAUUUUUUAAAGAAUAAACAAGAAAUAUUCCCCUAUGUUCAAACAAUUACUCAUGAAAAUUAGUACUUUCAUAACACUAGAUCUUUUAUAUACAGACAUGUACUAUUCUAAUUCAAUGAAAACAGUUUUUAAAGGUAUUUUUAUAAAAUAUAUGAUUAUUGGUAGACUAUGAGAAGAAAAUUCAAAAUAUUUAUUAAAUGUGUUCAGUCAAGUUGAUUAAAUGAUUGAUCAAAUUAAGUAGUUAUUUUUGGUGAUAAACUAAUGUUUAGUAAAAACAUUGAUGUUCUACAUAAGAUAGAGACAUUAGGUUAUGAAAUAACAAUUUAUUAAGUUGAUUGUUAUAUCUACCACCAUGUUAUAAAUCUCAAUUAAAACCUUUGAAAUACUUAACGAACUUCAUAGUUUCAUUUUUGCGUGAUAAAGGAACACAUAUCAAUGUAGUUUAUUUUAAAAAUAUACAAGUACUUUUUUAUUCUAAGGAUGUUGAGGUUAUCGACUGAAUGAACUUCAAAAUCCUUAGAAUAUAAAUAUUGACAGUAAUUGAUCGUAAAAAUCAUGUGACAUGUAAUCGUGAUACCAUAGAACAUAUAUAUAGAAAUAAUAUGUGGAAUAAAUUAUGAAAAUAUACACAGCUCUGUCAAAAUAGGUAGAGAAAUUGAACUUCUUACUAUCACAAAGAACAUGUUACAACCUUUAUUUAUUAAGAUAAAGUACAAAACCGAAGCUGUGAUACCUGAAAAUAAAUAUCUAUAUUUACUCCAUACCAAUUCUUCUUAUAAUCAAAGUAACCAAUUCAUGACAGUGGAAGAUAUAUAAUUAAUUUUCAUAUUAGUCUAAAGAUGAAUACAUAAAGACAUGCCUGAGAACUUAGUUGAUAAGGUUUAGGUUAGAUUAUGUAGAACACUUAUCAAUCAGAUCAAUGAUGAGAAGUUUAUUUAAAAGAUUAGGCCAAAGGAUACCAACUGCAAGCACUCGGUUUUCUAAAGUUUCUAGAGGUAUAGGUUUUCCUGAAGUUUCUAUAAGCUUCCACAACCCAUGAACACCCAUUAUGAAUUGUUCGUUUGAGUCAGGAACGAUUCUAUAACUUAUAAGUCAGGGACGAUUCUAUAACUUAUAUUGACACUUCAAUUUUAAAUGUAUAAAAUUGCCGAUUAAUUGAUUAACGUAGAAAAUAGACAAUUAGAAACAGAUGAGUUCAAUUUCGAGCAAACUUAUAAGUGAUCCAACAUUCAUAAAACCAGCGUAUAUAGCUCUGAAGUUUGUAAUAGAAGGACCUAGCAUCUUUGGGCAAAGCAUAAAUCCGCCUUGGUGUAAUAAGGGAACGGAUGCUCUUUCUAUUUCUCACAGUGCGUAAGGACCCGUGGGAAAAUCACAUUCGCCUUGAUUCUCCUAUCCCCUUUCUUCAACAGAUUCAUGAUUGGCAGCACUACCACGCUAUUGGUGAAAAGGUGUCCGAGUGGGAGUAGUUUACUCUAAAAAUCCAACCAUUUCAUUGGCUGAACCUCCCUUCUUCUCUGACUUGUGGUUUAGGCGGAGCUUGACCUUCAUUCUUAAAACAGAUAAGCAUGAAGUUAGUUUGAUAGAAACAACUCAUGGUAACCCGUGAUUUUAUUCUGGAAAAAAAGAGUUUUAUGUGUAUUACAGCCUGUUCCUGAAAUAUAUUUGCAUUUAUUUAUUUUUUGAAAGAAAGAAUGUGAGAAUCGAUUUCCUUUAAUUUGUGUAACGUUGGUCAGACUGUCGGAAAAUUUCCCAUGGUGAACAGGUGUUUUCGAAUGAUGUUUUGAAACAGUAACUGAGUUCUUGUGUUGAGGGAGGGAUGGAUAGUGUUUUGUUGUGGCGUCAUACUUGGACUUAAAAUGGGUGUUUUGAAAUGAAUAACUAGACAUGAAACUAUUUAGAGGAGUGAUCCUCUAGCUGCUAUGUAAGAGACUUUUAAAAUAUCUCCAUGAUGCCUCACCAAUACGGGAUGGCUCACAGUCUACAGAAUCCAGUGGAGAGAUAUAUAUACCGAAAUGAAGAUCAAAGACUUACUAGGGAAGCCAUGGAAAGGUAUUUAAGAGAAAGGAGUGAUAUGAUUAUUGUUAUUCUCCAUGCAAAAGUUGCACAGAAAUCCUAUGGAAAUGAAAAACGAUUUUUCUGUCCUCCUCCAUGUAUUUAUCUGUAUGGUGAAGGAUGGCGUUUAAGACAAGAACAGCUCUUAAGGGAAGGAGAUACAGAACAUGCAGCUCAACUCUGUGCUUUCAUUGGUAUUGGUAACUCAGAGCAAGAUAUGCAACAGCUCGAUUUAAACAAUGGAAAACAAUAUUGUGCUGCCAAGACAUUAUAUAUAUCUGACUCCGAUAAACGAAAACAUUUUAUGCUCUCUGUGAAAAUGUUUUAUGGUAGUGGUCAUGAUAUCGGUGUAUUUCAGAGUAAAAGGAUUAAAGUCAUUUCAAAGCCGUCCAAAAAAAAACAGUCAUUGAAAAAUGCUGAUCUAUGUAUUGCUAGUGGUACAAAAGUGGCAUUAUUUAACCGCCUUAGGUCACAAACAGUCAGUACACGAUAUCUGCAUGUUGAAAAUGGGAAUUUUCAUGCAAGUUCAACUCAAUGGGGUGCUUUCACAAUUCAUCUACUUGAUGAUGAUGAGAGUGAAAGUGAAGAAUUUAGUGUGAGAGAAGGUUAUGUUCAUUAUGGAAGUACAGUCAAACUGGUAUGUUCCGUGACAGGUAUGGCUCUUCCGCGGCUUAUAAUCAGAAAAGUUGAUAAGCAGAUGGCUCUUUUAGAAGCUGAUGAUCCUGUAUCGCAAUUACAUAAGUGUGCAUUUUAUAUGAAGGAUACUGAACGGAUGUACCUUUGCCUGUCACAAGAACGUAUUAUUCAGUUUCAAGCUACUCCUUGUCCUAAAGAACCUAAUAAGGAAAUGAUUAAUGAUGGAGCCUGUUGGACUAUUAUUAGUACAGACAAAGCUGAAUAUCAGUUCUAUGAAGGGAUGGGUCCUGUUCGAACACCAGUGACACCUGUACCAAUCGUUCAUAGUUUGCAUUUGAAUGGAGGUGGUGAUGUUGCUAUGUUGGAAUUAUCUGGAGAGAAUUUUACUCCUAAUUUACAAGUAUGGUUUGGUGAUGUUGAAGCUGAAACAAUGUACCGGUGCCAAGAGUCAAUGCUGUGUGUGGUCCCAGAUAUUUCAUCAUUCAGAGGGGAAUGGCUUUGGGUCCGCCAACCAACACAAGUACCAGUGUCACUUGUCCGUAAUGAUGGUAUAAUUUAUGCCACCGGCCUUACCUUUACUUAUACUCCUGAACCUGGCCCUCGUCCUCAUUGCCCACCUGCUGAAGAUAUUAUGAGGCAUAAUACUACACACACAGAUAGAUUACCUCCUAUACCAGACGUGGCUUGGAAUCAGGCUCAAGGUAUAUAAUUGUAACUUAUAUUUUUGUUCCAUCAUUCAUGUAACUCUCAGGCAUUUACUUCCAUGAGAUUUAUCAUUACAUACAUUUUUAAUUUUAAAGUAUUAAAUAAGUUUAUUUAAAAUAUGUAACAACACAAUCCUUUAUAUGUGAUAGAUUAACCAGUUAUGUUUUUUUUAAACUUCUUUUCUU